CAAAGCGCUCGACGACCUUGACUUUACGAAGAAUCCAGUCGCUCGUAUCGCGCCGGCGACGCAGGCCGGCAAACGAGUUACAUCCAUAUGAAAUUAAAAUAACCUGUACAACUAGUAUCGUAGUCCCGCAUACACUUUUCGAACGAUAUCCACUGCCUGUAGACGUUCUAACAUGAAGUCAUUUGUGGAAUAUUCAGGAGAGACAGAUUUUCCCAUCGAAAAUUUGCCGUACGGUGUUUUUACGUCGGCGAAAAAUGUCAAUAAACACAUCGGAGUAGCCAUUGGAGAAUGGAUAUUAGACCUAAACAUCAUCGCACAUUUAUUCGACGGACCUUUAAUGAAAGAUAAACAAAAUGUUUUUAAGGAAGAAAAUCUUAACGCCUUCAUGGGUUUAACUAAACCCCAUUGGAUCGAAGCCAGGGAAACACUACAGAAGCUGUUAGAUAAGUCCAAUCCUACAAUACAAAAUGAUAAAGAUUUGAGAGAAAGAGCGUUCGUAAAGCAAAGCGAAGCUCAAAUGCAUGUUCCUGCUGACAUCGGAGACUACACGGACUUCUACUCGUCCAUACACCAUGCCACGAAUGUCGGGAUCAUGUUCAGGGGGAAAGACAACGCGCUGCUUGAUAACUGGAAAUAUUUGCCAGUCGGAUACCACGGUCGUUCGAGUUCAAUCGUUAUUUCUGGCACACCUAUUACAAGGCCUUUAGGACAAACUUUGCCUGUUGAAGGUGCGGCACCUCACUUCGGUCCUUGUCGGUUGAUGGAUUUCGAAUUAGAGAUGGCCGCGUUCGUGGGCGGACCCCCCACGAAACUCGGUGAAAGAGUCACGGCUCAGGAAGCUGGGGACAGAAUCUUCGGGUUCGUGCUUAUGAAUGACUGGAGUGCACGAGACAUCCAAAAAUGGGAGUACAUCCCGCUAGGUCCUUUCACGGCUAAGAACCUGGGCACGACAAUAUCCCCCUGGAUAGUAACGAUCGAAGCACUGCGACCGUUCGUGACGGACAAUUUCCCGCAGGAGCCCGAGCCGUUCCCGUACCUCAAACAUGACGAUAAAUUUAACUUCGAUAUUAAACUUGAGGUUGAUAUUACACCCGAGAAAACCCCAGUAGCAACAACAGUUUGCCGCUCAAACUAUCGCUACAUGUACUGGACUGUGAAACAACAACUCGCGCAGCAGACCGUCACCGGCUGUAAUCUCAGGCCUGGAGAUUUACUCGGUUCAGGAACUAUUAGUGGCGAGACAUCAGACUCCUUCGGAAGUAUGCUAGAGCUGGCAUGGAAAGGCACUAAGCCCAUUCGUCUACUUAACGGCGAAGAAAGAAAAUUCAUCCAAGACGGUGAUACAGUGACGUUGCGAGGAUACUGCGAGAAUGAGGGUGUUAAAAUUGGCUUCGGGAAGUGUGAAGGCAAAUUGUUACCCGCCGUACCCUUGGAAUGAUUUAUUGUUGAAGUAAUACUCAUAUAUUAUGUUAUUAUAUUUCUAUAAAUAAAAUUAUUAAUCAUUUUGA